CAUGUGCAGCCACAAGUUAUAACUUCACCGUUCACGCUUCUAUUCAUAGAUAACAGAUAAAUAAUUUACAAAAAUACAAACCUGUUCGGUGGUUGAUCCUUACUCUUUUCAGUGUUCAGUCCCUAAUUUAGUAAUUUUGGAUUUCCCUACUUGUCUUUAUAUAGUACGUAUUACGUAUCGAGCACCGACUACUGGUGAUAAAUUCUUAAGAUUAAAUUUAAACGAGUUUAUGUAGUUUUAUCCUUGUGCUCACGCAGUCUCGUGAUGAUGGAAUUCUAUACUUUGUCGACGUUGUUACUUGUUAAUACAUUUACAAUAUAAUCUAUAGAUGAUGUCCAUUUGCACGCAACCUAUGAUGUCCGGUGCUGCAAAUUUAAAUUGUGGAACGGUCAACCAAAACACAACGGUUGACGGUAGAGUAGAAUAUGCUGACAGAGGCUGUUCAACCCAAGAGCCACUGAUAGACGCAGAUUUAUUGAAUGCAUUGGAUGAACCAUCAUGUUCCACACAACAAGAACCCAUGUCCAAGGAAUAUAACCGAAAAAAUAACUUUGCUAUUUACGACAUGGACUCACCGAGAGGUUAUAAGCUCAAGAUCAGUAAGACAGGUUUUAAAAAAACUUCCAGUAAAGAGAAAAAAGUGGACUUGCCAACAAAAUUCAAUGAGAUAAAACAAGACAGCUUAAAAUCUCCUAUUGCUAAACUUAAUGAAAUAAUGUUGUUAAAAAAACAAGUAGUAGAAUACAAGUUGGUUUCUAUAGCAGGUCAUGUACAUAGUCCAGUUUUUAGAUUUAUUGCUGAAAAUGAUGAAUUAUAUGCUUAUGGAGAAGGUUUGUCAAAAAAAGAAGCAAAGAAAAAUGCAGCUAUUGCUUUUUUGGAUAAAUUAGAUAAUUAUAAUGGAAACAACACCAUAUCAUCUACCACUUCAAAUAUGUCACCUAGCAAAGUUAGCCCUCUAAAGUAUAGCAAAGAGACCAUUUUAGAUGAAAUAUCAAAAGUAAACCCUAUUGGUGUGCUGCAAGAGUUGUGCAUGGCUCGUCGUUGGGAAUUACCAGAUUACGAGUUUCCCCGCGAUGAACGCAAUGAUGCACACAAUGUUUGGUAUUCUGUGGUAUGUUCCCUUAGGGACUUUCAAACUGUAGGUGAAGGAAAAACCAAGCAAGCAGCAAAAAGACAAGCUGCUCAUAUCAUGUAUGAAAAAGUAAAAAACGUUCCACAACAGAAGAUCUUGAAGGACUAUGAAUAUCCAAUACCUAGUAAAUUUAUGCUUAACACUAAAGAAAGUAAUGAUUUAGAUAGCAUAGAUAAUCUGAAAUCCUUGGAAAUAUUGUUAAACAGAUUAAAAUCAUCUCAAAAUCAAAGUUUAAGCAAACUAAGGAAUUGCGACUCCAUAAUUGAAAUGAGAAAAAAUUCUAUUGAAUUUUUAGGUGCAAUUGGUAAAGAAGAACAUUUUAGUAUUACAUAUGUAUUGAUGACAAGGAAGUCAACUGAUGUUGGAAUGUUAGUGCAAUUAGCUGUCACUCCUCUUUUAUUGUUUAUCGGUUCUGGCAGAUCAACAACAGAAGCUCAAGAAAUGGCCGCUUAUGUUGCUCUAACAUACCUAAAACUUUUGUUAGAGGAGUAGAGUAAUAAAAAUAUAACUCUCAUAUUGCAUAUACUUGCCUAAUAAUGUAAUACAUUUCGUUGAGCUUAAAAAAUAAUGUUUAGAAUAUUAGUAUGAUGUUAAUUGUUAAAAAUUUCUACACAUGGUCACUUAAUUCCUAUAACUUAAAUGUAAAAGAUAAAUAAUAUUUAUUUAUUGAAUCAUAAAUACAAAUAUAUUUUUUUCGUUUCUAAUAUUAAUUUAAAUGCACAAGGGUCAUAAA